UCCUCCCGGAACUCGCCUAAAGAAGUGCACAGAAUUACUGUCACCGCUCGCGGCCGCUGCACUACCGACAUGGCCCUGCCACCCUUCUUCGUCCAGGGCCGCCAGGGGCCGCCGCCCCCGCAGCCACCGCCUUCCGCUCCGUUCGGCUGUCCGCCCCCGCCGCUGCCCUCCCCGGCUUUCCCGCCGCCUCUUCCCCAGCGGCCCGGCCCUUUCCCGGGGGCAUCCACCCCCUUCCUCCAGCCUCCGCUGGCACUGCAGCCCCGCGCCCCGGCCGAGGCCUCCCGCGGCGGCGGCGGCGGUAGCAGUGGCGGCUCCUUCUUUCCGGUGCCGCCCCCGCCGCUGCCGCCUCCGCCGCCGCAGUGCCGGCCCUUCCCCGGGCCCGACGCCGGCGAGCGUCCGCGGCCACCGCCUCCAGGCCCUGGGCCGCCCUGGAGCCCGCGCUGGGCCGAGGCGCCGCCGCCGCCUGACGUGCUCGGGGACGCGUCCCUGCAGCGCCUGCGCGACCGGCAGUGGCUGGAGGCGGUGUUCGGGAACCCCCGGCGGCCGGGCGGCCCCGGGCCCCCGCGCACACCCGUCGGGCCUAGCCUGGGCGAGGUGCGCGCGCGAUUGCGCGCCGCUUUGCGCCUAGUGCGGCGGCUACGCAGCCUGGGGCAGUCCCUGCGCGAGGCCGAGGCCGACGGAGCGGCCUGGGCCUCGCUGCACGCUCAGGCCGUACCAUUGCGAGCGGAGCUAACCGAGCGGCUGCAGCCGCUGGCCCAGGCCGCCUAUGUGGGCGAGGCGCGACGGAGGCUGGAGAGGGUCCGGCGCCGCCGGUUGUGGCUUCGUGAGAGGGCCCGGGAACGCGAGGCUGAGCGGGAGGCGGAGGCCGCGCAGGCCGCGGAACGGGAGCAGGAGAUUGACCGCUGGAGGGUGAAAUGCGUGCAGGAAGUGGAGGAAAAGAAGCGGGAGCAGGAACUCAAAGCGGCUGCUGAUGGGGUCUUGUCUGAAGUAAGGAAAAAACAAUCGGACACUAAAAGAAUGGUGGACAUUCUGCGUGCUUUAGAGAAACUGAGGAAACUGAGGAAAGAAGCCGCAGCAAGGAAAGGGGUCUGUCCUCCUGCCUCAGCGGAUGAGACUUUUGAGAACCAUCUUCAGCGGCUGAGAAAACUCAUUAAAAAGCGCUCUGAACUGUAUGAAGCUGAAGAGAGAGCCCUCCGAGUUAUGUUGGAAGGAGAACAGGAGGAAGAGAGGAAAAGAGAAUUAGAAAAGAAACAGAGAAAAGAGAGAGAGAGACUUUUACUUCAGAAGCGUGAAAUUGAGUCCAAGUUAUUUGGAGAUCCGGAUGACUUCCCACUUGCUCACCUCUUACAGCCGUUCCGCCAGUAUUACCUCCAGGCCGAGCACUCCCUGCCUGCGCUCAUUCAGAUAAGGCAUGAUUGGGAUCAGUACCUGGUGCCGUCUGAUCAUCCUAAAGGCAACUCCGUUCCCCAAGGAUGGGUCCUUCCCCCGAUCCCCAGCAACGACAUCUGGGCAACGGCUGUUAAGAUGCAUUAAGAGGCUCCAGGAGCGUGGUCCCACAGGCGAGCACUGCAGCUCUAGAUACUAGUGAUGCUGUCAUCUCUGCUGUGGUCUUCUGCACAACUUCAACUCCAUGCGGCAUUGUCCUGGCUGGAAGUCCUGCUUCCUUCUGUUCUCUGCCCUGGCCAGUGUGCCUCUUGCAGCAGGAAAGGGCCUAGAUGAACUGGGGUUAUUAGCACAGCAGUGGCCUUCAUUCACUAAAUCUGCCUCUGUUUUGAGGGGCUUGGUCUGGUGUGGCCUGCUCAUUUGCUGUAGUUUGUUGUAUUUUGGUGGGUAAGUACAGUCAGCACUUGGUUACUGCUUGAAGGUUCACUGAGGAGAGUCAGCAGCCACUACUCCUGAUCUUCCCAUACCGACUGCCCUCCAGCUCCCAGGGGUGCAGGUCAGAGUUUGACCUACAGUUCUGUUAACCCCAGUUCUGGUGCAGUUGGGAGGCUGCUCCUGAGGACCAUGGCAGUGGCUGUAGACUGGGCUGCCAGGAAUGCUGACGGCUUAGAACUGUUGUCUAUCCUGUGGAGAGCUUAGGAAACCCAAGGGCCAGACCAGGUCGGCUCGUGCUCUGACAGACAGUGCCUGUGUUCCUCAUGAAAGCGCCAAUCUAUAGAGUUCCGAGGGAUCUAGCUGUGGGGUCUCCAGGAAUAGAAACGUGUUUCCCUAUGGGACCGUAAUCUCAGUCACAUGGUAGGGACUGGGGUAGCUCUGGGAUUUUUUUCCCCCCUUAGCUCAAGCUUCCAAAAAUAUCCAUAUAGUAAAAGUUGGGAAAAGAGCAAAUAUGAACGGUAAAUUUUAUUUUUUAUAUUCAUUAAUAAGAGCUAUUGUGCUUGGACAUGAUCAAUCAUAUGACAUGUUAUGGUUUUUGUUUUGCUUUAUUCUGGGUUUUGUUAUUUAAUUUCCUAAAAGCUAAAUAAAUACCAUUUUCACUUUU